AAGGACUAGGUACCCGUUUUACUUUUGGAGAGCCUUUACCAGUUAAGAUAGUACUUGGCUGCCGAGGGCUACCCCUGCACGCUCAUUGCUGGAGACUGAAUCCGAGUCACAUGACAGUGCCCGAGGCAGAGAUUGAGAGAAAAGCGCUUCAUUUCAGCUUCCACCGCCAUACUGUGUUUUAUACCAAAUCUCAAUUUUUAUUGCAACAUUUUACUCCCGCUCGGAAAGUGUCUGAAACAGAAUGACUGGAAAGAGUCAGACCAGUAAUGUGACCAACAAGAAUGACCCUAGGUCCAUCAACUCCAGGGUGUUCAUUGGAAAUCUCAACACUGCAAUUGUCAAAAAAGCAGACAUUGAAGUUAUCUUCGCCAAGUACGGAAAAAUAGUAGGCUGCUCCGUUCACAAAGGAUACGCUUUUGUUCAGUACAUGAGCGAGAGAAAUGCUCGCGCUGCCGUGGCAGGAGAAAAUGCAAGGAUCAUUGCCGGUCAGCCACUUGACAUUAAUAUGGCUGGGGAGCCUAAACCUUACAGACCUAAAGCUGGAUCCAAGCGACCUCUUUCAGCUGUUUAUAGUGGUUAUGAAUUUGAUUAUGACUACUACCGGGAUGAUUUCUACAAUCGGCUUUUUGAUUACCAUGGUCGGCUGGCCCAACCACCUCGGGCUGUGAUCCCACUGAAGCGUUCCCGUGUUGCUAUUUCAUCCACUCGCCGGGGAAAGACCAGCUUCCCAGCCAAAGGAUCAUCCAGAGUCACUACCAGCAGCACCUUGUCCUCGGGACUCAAGUUGAAAACUGAUCAGUUGCAGACAAUCAAAAGGGAACUGCUGCAGAUUAAAAUGAAGAUUGACUCUUUGUUGAGCAGACUGGAGAAGAUCGAGAAGCAGCAGAGAUCAGAGACUGAAGCUCAGAGGAAAUAUGAAGAUAACUGCGAGUCUCUUCAUGAGGGAUCCAUAUCUGAGAAUGCAGACAACUCGACUGAGGAGGCUGGGGAAGUAGCACUGGAAACAGAAGCAGGGGAGAUGACUGACGGUGCUGAGGAUGACUAUGAUGAGGAAGGCAGCAAUGAUCUGACAGCCAUGUAUCAGACAUAGAAGACAGCAGUAACUGAGAAAAAAAAACAAAAUGGGAUCAGAGGAUGUAAGUCUGCUUUCAAAACACCACUGGUUGUGAAGAAAGUCACAACUGUCAUUUGAGGAAACUGGUAGACCCAUGGGCAAGCAAGGAAUGUUGCUGGAGAGGAGCAAUUCCUUAAAACAAGCAAACAAGAAUGGUGGCACUUUCUUUCUUUUUGGACUUACAGUACAUUUCCAGUCCCUGUCAAGCUAUCAAGCAUCUAGUCUACACUGUAUGAAUGUAAAAAUUCAUGUUCCUGAUCUAUGUACACUUCUAAAUAUCCUUGGACCAGAUUCACAAAGAGUUUGCCAGUGUGCACACCAAUUUGUCUUUUUUUAUUUUUCAAAAAUGAAAAAAAAUAUAUAUCUACAAUACUCACAGAGCUGUUUAAAAACAGGUUCCAAGUUUUGUUUUUAAUCCUUUAUCUAUUUAGAUGAAUCCACUGAUAGCACAUUUUCAUUGAUGUUGCUGACCUAGAGAUUCAUUUGUAGAGCAAGGCAUUUACUAGGGCAAAUUUAAGUGAAGUACUCGAAGGUACAACAGCAUCAUCCCAUCAGCGACUAUGUGAAAAUACAAAACUUCAUAAAUAGGUCUGAUUCUGUAAUUUUUGUACGAAACUAUGCAUGUUUCAUUAGAGAUUUCAGAUUUUUCUCUACUGCAGCUUACCUUAAUCGCUAAAAGUUCUAAACGUUUUGUCAACAAAACAUUUUCAAUAUGUUUGCUGAUAGCAGAUUAACACGUUUGAUAUUUGAUAAAGUAUUAUUGUGUUUACAUAGGCAAGCUCUGUUGUACCAUCACACACAUCACUAUAGAAUACUAGGUCAGUUUUUGUGUUCACCUGCCAGAUCCUCAAAUAUUAAUGCAGAAUCUUUUUUUUUUUACUUGUACAACACAAAGGCAAUGUCAUGACAGUCAUACUCAGUCUGGCUAACCUCGUGUUCAUUGGCUGGCUGCCUUCUUUGGUGUGGCACAAUUCUACCUAGGUCUCUAAAGGUGAACUGUCCUUAUGCCAAGGUAUUUGGUCAGUAUUUUGAUGCCUGAGGACUGGAGUUUAUACUGUAAGUUUCUAUUUAUUACCUGGUUCAUCUCACUUUACACUUACCAAAGGUUUAGAGCAGGGGUGGCCAAAUGUUCUAAUUGUAGAAUUCACAUACACCAAUUUAUAUGUCCAAGAGCCAGAAUGCACAUAAAUAAAAAGGAAGAAUUUUAAUCACUCUUAAAAUUAUCCCCACAAUUAUUUUAGUUAAUGUGUUUUUCUAAGUACAUUAUUGUUAAUAAUGACAUUUUAAUAAGUUGCUCUUAUAACGUUAAAGAGUUAAAUAAGAAAACCAUUAAAUACAUUUUCUUUGAAUUAGGACCUAUUAUUUAAAUUGACUAAAUACCAUUUUCUGUGUUUAUAAGCAGAACUGUUCCUUCUGUUAAAUAGUUUUGAAAUAUUUUCUUGUAAAUGACAGCUGUACUCUCCUUACUUGUACUAACCACUGUUGUAAAAAUGAGAAAUCACUCAGGCCAUCUAAACUUUUAUUUGAGACUUGUAGCGGGGCAUUCAUAUGUGCUUGGGAAGUGCUAGACCAAACUACAAUGUUAUCAUUGAGGAGAUGCCACUGGCCAUAGUGUGUCUGUAAAGAUAGAAUAUGGCUUAUUUGUCAUUUUUCCUUUACUGGAUUCAACACAACAAUCACUUCUGUGAUUGUCUUUGAAAAAAAGUUCAGGAUAGUUAAGGAUGUAAAAAUUAAGGGAUAAGGAUACUUAGCCACACAAUAUGUGACACUAAAAGUCUAGUUGAAGUUUCUUUAAAGCCAUAAUUCAUAACCAGAAGGUGGAGAUACUGACACAAGGCAAACUCAAAUCUUUGAAAUUCUAAAAUGUACAACUGAAUAAAAAAGAACUCAUCGAUAGACUACCAUGUAAGGUUAACCAAGUGCUCAGCUGCUUCACCACUACCAACCAAACAUGCUGUAUGGCUUUUCUUAUGUUUGUAUAUAAAUGUAAAGAACUGACAGAAAAUAAAAUAAUCUCUAUAUAAAUAGUGAUACAAACUUUGAUACUUUCACAGUAGGAUCACUUAUUAUCUAUACUUUCUAUCUCUUUCCCUUUCCUCAAGAUGCGACUCAGCAAUUUACUGAGAGAAAACAAUGAGCCAGCUGGGAGCUGCAAUUUGGCCACCCUUGGUUUAAAGUUUGAAUUUAUACUGUUGAUUUGGAAAUGGAUGACUUAAGCUGAAUAAAUUGAUGGAAACAAAAUAGAUAUAAAAAAAGGUUUUUAGUAUUCUGUAACAAGCUACCAAACCAUGUUUUAGAAGUUUGAUUCAAGAAAUGUCUCUUUGAUCCUUGGACCAAUACCAACCAGCCAAGCUAGAUGGGCCUAAAUUUGAUUCUUAUGAUCCUUAAAGUAAAAUAGUAAAUUCUUCUAAUUAUUGGUUACAACUUCACUCUUCAUAAAACCAUGUUUCUCCUGGCAAUACCUUCACUAGACAUUUAACUGCCCCUUUACUUUUUAAUGAUCCAUUUCAAUGUUUUAUCCCUGAACGAUGAUUCUGAAAUAUUAAAGUAUUUUUGUGUGGUAGUACUUAAUUCAUGCUAAAUAAAGUGUACUGUGGUUACUGCAAAGUUAAA